UUGCAGUCUCCUCAUUCUUGCUCAACUUUUUCUUUAGGUAUCUAAACCUUGAUACAUGAGGCAAGAAAAGACAACAAAUAGUCUCUGAGGCUUAUUUGGUUAAAAGGGUGGCCACAUAUUCUACCAAAACGCCUCUUAUGGUUAUGGAAUCAUGUACCCACUGCUACUCUUUCUCUACAUUUCCUCCGUUUAUUUUGUUCAAGACAAGUUUACACAAAGAGCAUCUUGUCUAAGGCUCAUGAGCCCUCAUUAGUUUUUCACUCGAUAGUUUCAUUUUGAUAUUCAUUACCUUAAUUGAAGAGAAUUGAAUCUUUUCUUUCUUAUUUUUCCAUCCCCUGUUCCACUCUUAGAAUAUAUUCUUAUUUCAAUCUCUCACUCCUUUAUCUCUUAUUGAUUCCAGGUUAAAAAGAGUUUCUGAUAAGAGUUUUGCUCUUAGGCCGUUAGCUACAAUGUUCAGAGUUAUACAUGAAAUGGAACAUAAAGAUGGCUUUUUUAUAUAUUCACCUCCUCCAUCAUCUUCUUCUUCAUUAUCAAGUCCAAACAGUGCUAUCAAGUAUGAAAAUGAAUCAACCCAAUCAUCAUCACUUGGCAGAAUCAGUCCGGUGAUUCUUUUUAUUAUAGUAACUCUAGCUGUUGUUUUCUUCGUUUCUGGUCUUCUCCAUUUGCUUGUCAGAUAUCUCAUAAAGAGACCGUCGUCUUUACCAAUCCAUCGAUCCAAUAAUCGACACCCAGAAACCCCUCAUGCUUUUCAAAGACAGCUUCAACAUCUUUUCAGGCUACAUGACUCAGGUCUAGACCAAGCUUCAAUAGAUGCUCUACCUGUAUUCUAUUACAAAGAUAUAACAGGCUUGAAGGAGCCAUUUGAUUGCGCCGUCUGUCUAUGUGAAUUAUCAGACCACGACAAGCUGAGGUUGCUUCCGAGGUGUAGCCAUGCCUUCCACAUUACUUGUAUAGAUACAUGGCUCCUUUCAAACUCCACAUGCCCUCUUUGUAGAGGGAGCCUUUUGAACUCUGCUCUUCCCACGGAGAAUCCAGUUUUUAGUUUUGACGUUUUGAGGGAGAUAUCAUAUGGGUUCUCGAGAGAGGCAGAGAAUGGAUUUUCUUGUCAUCAGAGUCCUGCAAUUACAGAAGAAACUGCUCGCCCAAAAAGGGUUUUUUCCGUGAGACUUGGUAAGUUUAGAAGCACGAAUGAAGAUCGCAAAGAGAGAGGGGCAGGAGAGAUAAGUAGCAGUAACUUGGAUGCAAGAAGAUGUUACUCAAUGGGAACAUAUCAGUACGUGGUUGGUGAUUCGGAUUUGCGAGUGAAAUUGUCCCAUGGUAGCGCUGGUGUUAGUAGGGAUGCAAAGCCUGUCAACGAGAAAGAAGAGCAUGGAAAUUCUUUAGUUGAUGAUGAAACAGAAGGGAAGAAAAUCAGCAGAAAGAGUAGAGGUGAGAGCUUCUCUGUAUCCAAAACAUGGCUUUGGUCCAAGAGGAGCAAGCUGCCGAGUUCUUCGGAUACACAUAUGGAUAUUCCUUCUUUUCUCUCUUACUACAAGUUUUCCAAUGAAACGUAGCUCGAAUGGGAUGCUUAUGGCGACGGCAGUACAACAAUAGUGCAAUGCUCAUUGUUUCCAGAUGAAUCAAUAAAAUACAGAGAUGAUAUCUUUUCAUAGGGAAAAAAAAAUGCAUAUUUGCAGUAUACUCGUGUAUUUCUUUCUUCUGACUUAAAUAAAUAAAGAGACAUGGUGAGUUUGUCUGUGUAAAAUUUAGAAUUGGAAUCCUCUGCAUAUGUUCUUCCCCUGCUU